AUGCUAGCAACCGGCUUCACCAGUGCUCCUGUUUCUCGUAGCCUUACAUAUGGCAUCGUCGGCGCAUCCAUCCUUGCGAGCAUUUUAGAUAUCAAACAUUAUUUCUUUAUCCAAGUCGAUCCUCACCUAUGGCGGUAUCACCAGCUAUGGCGGAUCCUCACCUACCAGCUCUGUUACACGAAUUCAACCGAGGUCCUGUUUGCCGCCAUGACGAUAUAUAACAUGAAGGUGAUAGAAAGGCUAUGGGGAUCUCGGAAAUACGCCUCUUUUAUCAUUGUAUCCUACUGCCUCACCGCCCUCCUUCCACCCAUACUCCUAUCCCUCAUACUCCGCCCCCUCUCCCUCAACAACUUCAACUACCUCCCUGCGGGCCCAACCCCUCUCAUCUUCGCCAUCCUCGCCCAAUACCAUGCCGCCAUCCCACACGUGUACAAAUACCGCAUCGCUGCCUCCUCCACCCCCAACGACCCCUUCGUCGGCCUCACCUUCUCCGACAAAUCCUACGUCUACCUGCCCGCCCUGCAACUCUCGCUCUCCCAAUUCCCGGGCUCGUUGCUGUGUGCAGUUGUUGGCUGGGUCGUAGGGUAUUCGUGGCGGAAUGAGGUAUUGCCAGGGGCGCUUACGAGGUGGAGGGUCCCGGGGUGGAUGGUGGGGUUGAAGAGUAAGAAAAGGGAAGAGGAGUUUGAGGCGCUGAGACGGAGGCUGGAGAGUGAGGGGACCAGUGCUGCCGCUACGGGGUCGGAUGGGAGAUUGGGGGUUGAGGGUGGGAGGAGGAGAACGCUGGGUAGGCAGCUGUUGGAUCAGUUCCGGGGUGCGUUUUGA